AUACUUUUGCAGUCAACGCAAACGUUCAAGCAACUAUAAAGACACAAGAAUUCCUACACUUGACCAUCGAAAGCCCUUAAAUUUGGCUCUAAGAGACAGGCCUGAUCUAACCCUAAGAGAGAAUUGAUCAUUAACGAGCCCAGCAAUUGCCAACAAUGGAUAUUUCAUCGGCUACAUGGUGGUCUGAAAUGGAGGGAACCGAUAUGAAUGAUCAUUCCUUUAAUGAAAUGCCUUUCAACAAGCCCUUCUCCUCUUGCAACUAUGGCUACUCCAGUACUUCGCCAUCAGCCAAUACUACUACUGUUGCCACGUCAAACCACUUUGAAAAUUUGAACUACACCUCAGUCAAGACUGAGUUGACAUCUGGAACUACUCUAAACUUCUCUUCUUCAGUUUCUAAUAUGGACUCUGAUGAUUUUGGUGAUAGCCAAAAUCUAAUCCAGGCCUUGGGAUUUGGUGCUGCUGAUACUAGUACACUGAAGAAGAAUUACAAUAAGACUAGUUUGCAGGCACAAGACCACGUUGUAGCUGAAAGAAAGCGAAGAGAACGCCUCACUCAGCGUUUCAUAGCUUUAUCUACCCUUAUCCCUAACCUCAAGAAGUUGGACAAAGCAUCUGUACUAGGUGAUGCGAUCAAAUAUAUUAAACAACUUGAUGGACAAGUAAAAACUCUCGAGGAAAAAGCCAAGAAUAUUUGUAGCGAGGAAUCGGUGGUUGCAGUGAAGAGAGCUCGUGUUCUCUCCAGUUAUGAUGACUACUCCUCGUCUUCUGAUGAAAACUCCAGCAUUAGCACUGACCGAUCAUUUCCUGAUAUUGAAGUUAGAGUUUCAGAUGGGAAUUUCAUGAUUAGUAUAUAUUGCAAAAAGCAAAACGGGAUAAUAAAGGAAAUAUUCAACGAAGUAGAAAAGCUUCAUCUUUCUAUCAUUAGCUCCAGCGUUAUGCCUUUUGGCUACAACACCACACACAUGACCGUUAUUGCUCAGAUGGAUUAUAAAUUGAGUAUGACACCAAAUCAUGUUGCGAAUAGAAUCCGUGCGGUUAUGAUGAAAGAAGAAGACACCAUUCAUACACAGAUCUCUUUUUGCGGAUCAAGAUUACCUGGAAGUGCGGUACUAAUGACUUGUGGUUUACUGUAAAUGGUUUCCGUAAUUGUGGAAUGGUGAGGUGCUUUGGCUUUUUUGCGGGUUAUCAGCUGGGACCCCGUUUUGCAAUUGUCUCACGUGCUACAAUUGGAGAGACUGGCUCCAUGUUUUUGACAAGUCAUAGAAUUCCACUAAAGAGGUCUUGUUCUCCUUUGUUCUUCCUUUGAGGAUCUGCUACAGUCCAUGCACGUUUAUCUUUUUGUUUCUUCUUUUUUGGGAUUUAACUAACUAGUGUUUGUUCUUUUGUGUGAACCGCUUUAAGUGUACUCUUGCCUCCACGGUGUAAUAAGCAUGGACUUUAGUGAUGAAAAAAGUCAGUCUUUACUUUUUACCAAUGUUCUACUAAAAGAUAUUAGUUGGAAUUUGGUUGGAAAUACAUUUCGGGACGACCAUCUCUAAACAAUA